GAUGGCGGCGCCGGGAGAGGUGGCGGGCGCGGGGGCUCCGUCGCAGCCCGAGGUGGCCGCAGGCUCCGCCGCCGUGGUGCUGCCUGAGCGGCUGCAGCGCCGGGAAGCGGAACGGCAGCAGGGCGUGGAGCGGCAGCGGCAGAAGAAGGAGGCGCAGGUGGUGAAAGAGGAGCAGAGCGAGUUCUUCCUGGCCGCCUUCGCCCGGGAGCGGGAGGCCGUGGAGGGGCUGCUGGCGGCGGGGGCGCUGGAGGAGGCGGCCGGCCGCCUGCAGGCGCUGCAGAAGCUGCUGACGGGCAGCGUGCGGUUCCUUGCGCCCUACGAGGUGCGGCAGGGCCAGGAGGCCGUUGCGCGGCUGCAGGGGGACUUGGCGGCGCGGAGGCAGCAGCUGCAGCCCAAGAAGAAAUUCGCCUUCCGUGCCCUCAAGAAAGAAGCGGCCCCGGGCAGCGCCCCGCGCCUCGCCGAGCCCGCCCCGCCGGCCCCCGCCGCGCCCGGGCCCGGCCUGGCCGAGGGGGAGCCGGGCGGGGAGCCGCUGUGCGGGUUCAGCGGCGCCCAGGACGCGGAGCUGGAGCUCGGCCCCGCGGAGCUGCGGCAGCGGGACGUGCUGUUGUCGGAGCUGCGCGGCUGCCGGGUGCGGCUCCGCGGCAACCCCAACACGCUGCGGGUGCGCGACUGCCGUGGCUGCACCGUGCUCUGCGGGCCCGUGUCUACCUCCGUGCUGGUGGACGGCUGCAGCGACUGCCUGCUGACGCUGGCCUGCCAGCAGCUCCGCACACACCGCACCCGCGGCUGCCGCUUCUACGUGCAGGUGACCAGUCGGGCCGUCAUCGAGGGCUGCUCUGAGGUCUCCUUCGCCCCCUACUACUGGAGCUACCCGGGUAUCGAGAAGGAUUUCGAGUCGUCCGGGCUGGACAGAGACAGUAACAACUGGAACCUGGUGGAUGACUUUGACUGGCUGGCGACUGACAAGCCUUCGCCCAACUGGAGCCUGAUCCCCGAGCAGGAAAGAAUCACUUGCUGGGACUGACUGCGGAGGCAGCUCUGUGCUGUGGAAGAGAUCCUGGUGUAAACGCAUGGAUUCACAAACUGCGGGACUUGAUCUCCGCUAUGCCAUUAAAUGAUUCCGUUUGGUAUUUAAGUUGUGAAUUGCAGUGUAUGACUGGAUUUUUUAAAUUGAAGAAUACCGGUCAAACAGAGUUUACUUGUCUACACAAGCUGCUGCUAUAAUCUUUAUAUAUCAUAGUGAGAUUUGCCAACUUCUGCAGUACCUCAUUGCUGAGUUUUUCCUAAUUAAGGUGGAGCAAGGGCCACUGAUGCACAAACAACAGUGAGCCUCUAUUGCAGCUGUAGUGCUGCUUUCACUCUACCAGGCAGAAUCUGCAUUAGCUGCAAGUAGUGCAAGCUGUCCUGGAAUGGAAAGAUCAAAUAACCAGAUUUUUCAUAUUUUUGUUAUUCUCAAGUUGCAGACAACUGUACACUAUGGCUUAUGGAGAGUGCAAGAGAAUAAUUCCAUGAGGUAAUGGGAACAAAAGGUUAAUUUAAAGGAGGAGUUUGUGAUUGCACAGUGUAAGCAGACUGAGAUGAAUCCUAGACUGUGAUAUAAUGAUGAGCCAGUUUCUCUUGAUAUGUUUUAAGUCUAAGUUGUCUUUAGGCUUUUAUUUUAAAUGAGAUAAGCCAAAAGAAAAAAAGCAUUCUAAUAAACGUUUAAUGCUUUCCUAAUAUAUUAAUGAUUGUUUGAAAUCAACAAAUCUGUAGAGGCUGUAUAAAUACUAAACCUUCACAAUCUGAAAAUGUUAUGUGAAAGGAUGCUUCUUAUGUAAACAGCUUGAAAUGAGUCUUUGAGUAUGCUUUCAGGGUCAUUUACA